GUGAAUCCGAAGCGGCACACAAAUGGAGUCAACUUAUCAGAGAAGUGUAGACUUUGCAUGCACGCGAAAAAGACGACUUUAUGACCAAGAUCGCUCACGAUAUGUGACUGGUGCAUAUGUAGUAUUUGAUUGUUCCCUUGUAAGAAAGCGGACGUGGAGGAGAACACCAAAAAAUCAUGUACAACUGGGGAACAGGUUUUACUUAUUAUUCCUUCUUGUAUGUAAGAAAGCUGACGAUCGAUCGACUUCAAUGUUGAAUAUGAAGAGCAAGAGAUCAUGUCCACCUUUGCCGCGACGAACGAUAUACGGAUUAGGAGGCGUGAUGUGACACCUGUGUGAGGCGCUGGAAUUAUAUGCGGGUUUCUGCGGCGAUAGCUAACUUCGGACGUUUCCGGCGACAACCGACGGGUCGUUUGCAGUUUGUUCGGGGUAGAUUCUGGAACUCUCCCCAGAACAGCCCCAUCAACACGAGCUUGCGUGUCGCAUUACGGUGCUUCGAGCACCAGUUGUUUCAGCGCAGAUGGUUCCCGACCUGGGCAGCUCGGAUCGUGAAAAGCUCUAGAAAGCUACAUGAAAAGACUGGAAGCUUUCUCUUCUAUUUCCGAAUGAAGAGCAUGGAAGUGGCAACGGUGCUUGCGUGUCGACCCGAGGGAGCGCUGAGAGUGUGUGCGCCAUAGGAAGUUCAACUGCGGGGUCCUAGCAACGGUGCGUCACGAAGGUACUGGGUGGCCUAGGAAGAGCGAAGAGCCUUGUGGCUUGGAGCGCGUGUGGCUUGGGCUUCCUCAAAAAUCUCUACACGAUUGGUGAGCAGUUUUGCUUUCAGGCUUUCAUUAUCGGGCUCAUUUCUCGCGGCUGCAGACGCUAGUCCAAAACUUGCACUUAUCAACCGGCGGGUCGGCUCUACUCACUCCUGCUGGAGGCCGCGGAGUUUGGCUCAGUGUGCAACGGUUGAUGGGCUCCGCUGCAUUCAUCGUUCGGGAAAGCUCAUCGGGGGACGCGAGACUGUACAUCCCUAGAACGCAAACUAGCGAGUGUACAUCGAUAUUUACUCUCUUGUCAUACUCGUAACUAGAUGAGGAGAUAGAGCUUCUGUAUAGAUCGAACACACUCAAGUAUAAAUAGGCAACUAUAUUAGUGACGAAAGCAUUAUCCUCUAGUGGUCUCAACUGUCUGGUGCUGAACAACUGCAAUCGUGUCUAUUGCCCAGGUAGAAUGAAAAUGAAUGAGGUCGUAGAUGCCUGAUGCUUCCAAGAUGCGGCAGCAGAAGAAAAUGUUUCCAAGAGCGCUUUGAUAUGUGAACCAAGACUGCUCUUACGUAAUCCAUUGAUAAUGGUGUGGAAUGUUGGCGCCCGAUGAAAUAGAGGACGCGCUUGUGGAGG